AUGAGCCCGAUCCAGCAUCCACAGACCAUGCUCUCAGGCGCGGGGUCGCUUGACCCCUUGAUGUUAGCAGCACCACGAAGACGGCGGAAAGAGACUGUCAAUGAACGGGUAGAACAUAUUCUACGAGGAGCAUUGCAUGACGCGGAAGAAGAAGCAUUACAGGAGCGAGAAGGCGACCCUGAAACGCGUGGUCGAGCGUUGCAGCGGUCGCAUCAAUUGGCAUCGCUUUACGCAACGUCGACGGAUAACAAAUUCCUUCGCACUCGAGCCAAGCGAGAUGCAUCGCUUCAACGCACCAAAGAUGAGCGCGUCGUCUCCACCCCCGGUCUCCAUUGUGACAUCACCCGUAAAGCCAAACCAUGGUACGGAUCUAGUCCCACUGCAACUUUGAACCAGCAGCUACCGCCCGGCAUCACUUUAGAUGCAAAGCUGCGUCGAUAUGGAGCUCGAGGCACUGCGAAACUUCGCGGUUGGCGUUCUCAAGAGUCACUGGAACCGCUUUCUCAUUCGGUGGCUCCCAUUGAUGAGUUUGUGACCGGAGUUCGUGGUUCACCUUCGCUUUGGCCCCCAGAGACGUUCCAUCCUAGUGGCUCAAGACUUCGAGUGACGAUGACACGUUGUCCAUCGUCUCCCAUUGCAGUCUCAAUGACGACCCAGAAACUACAAAAAAUGUCCAAACAAGAGAAGAAAGUUGCACACGAGGAGAAGAUCCAAAACCAACGAAGUAUGACCGAGUGGCGAAGUCGAACACUGCACUUCGAACCUUCCUCGGAGCUGUCAGAUCACAGAGAGCAGCAGAAAGCUGAUCCACAGAUGCGUCACCGACGAACUCAAGCGUCGGCAAUCGUCCAGACGCCGGGGUAUUCUCCUGAGAAACAGCGCAGCAAGGAGUCGAGUGAGUUAAAUAAAAAGCGGUUCAAGCUCCGCUGGCGCUCAUUUGCUCAACUUCUUGACGCUAUGCGACGAACGCCAUGUAGACGACCGGUGCUACAAGAUAUGGAGAAGUUGUUCGCAUUAGCCAGCGAACUGGGUGCACUCAACGCGCUUGGGACUUGUACGCUCUCUCGCUCUCAGUUCACUCAGUUGAUCACGCGAGAAUUUCCACUAUGUGAGCUGAAGUUCGUGAAUCGCUUGUUUUCUUCGUACGACUGGGAGAUUCGGGACUCUGUGGACACACGCAUCGUUCUAGGCACUUUACGAGCGAUGCGCGUUCAGCAGGGCGAGUCUGUCGAGCUCAUCUGUGCUUCGUUACGCGACUUCGAUAGUACUAGCGAUUUGAACGGCAAGAAUGUGGACGACAACAAGGCGCUGGUGUCGGAUGGAGACUCUUUGAUAAAAGCACUGUCGCUGUGCUGUAGUAGCGACGAGGAAGAGAAGGAUAUGAGGGAGAGAGCGGAAGCUAUCUGGACGACAACGCUCUCUUGGCAGCGUCAGAUUCUAUCGCGGCGUCUGCACGGAGGCGUUCGACACAACUUCGAGGAUGUAGAGGAUACCGUAGAGGAGACGUCGGAGCUUGUGCAGCUAGUAGAUGAGUCUCGCGUGCCUGUGCGUCGCAUUCGCGAGGCUCUCAAGCGAGAACGAGAGACGCUGGCGCUUUUCACGGAGCAACUCCUACAGCGCCGGCACGAGUGUUUGGUGAGUGCAACAAUGUCAACUCCUAGAACAUAA